AUGAAUAAAAGCUUUUGCUGUCCAUUUGAUGAGCAGUCUUUUGACACAAGAAGAGAGCUUGAAAUUCAUAUGGACAAAGUCCACGUCAGCUAUUUAAAAGACCCUGACACCAAAAGUUCAGCGCCAUCCUUUGAUAGUUACCCGAGUUCGUCUGAAGAUUGCAUUGGAAUUCCAUCAUGGCAAUCUUCAAGAGAUUUAGAUGUGAUUUUAACAUCAAUUAAAAUCCCAGAAAAUCCUUUGAGCGAGAUAGGAAAGUUGUCUGAAGAAAGAAUUCUGAGGAUUGCUAAAACUUCUUUUCUUUCGGAUUUAAGAGAAUUGAAUUUAAGCAAGAGAGGUUUAAGCGUAUUUGGUUCAAAUGAUAGAUUUGAUAUAAGCAAGCUUACUAAUUUGGAAAAUCUUGACUUGUCAGAAAACUACUUAACGAGUUUAAAAGGCAUUGGGGAGUGCAAAAAUCUUGUAUAUUUAAAUGUCAGCAAAAAUAGUGUCACUGAUGUUGAGCCUUUAAGUAGCAAAAAUUAUAUUAGCCUCUCACCUAAAUUCACGAAUUAUUAACUAUAUCGAGUAGAAAAAAUGGGUAGAUUUCAGUUUUCGAGAAAAGUAUUCACAUUAAAUUUUAUAAUUUGCAAAAACUGAGAGUUUUUAAGGCAUCCAAAAACAAAAUCAAAGACAUUUCUCCGCUAGCUGAAUGUAAAAGGCUGACAGAGCUAAAUCUAAAUGGAAAUUCUUUGCUUGUUUUCAGCCUUGUAAUUAGAACAUUAAAGAAAUUGCAUAGGCUUUCUAAGCUUUCUAUAAUGAAUAAUCCUUGUAUGAUUAAAAUCAAGGACUCAAGAACUCAAAUUCUUACCAAUUUAUGACUUGAAGAGCUUGAUAGGACUGAUGUAAAGAUUGAGUCCAAAACUUUAAUAAGAAAAAAAUUAAAAUUAAAGAAAAAGCAAGGAAAAUUGUGGGAAAUCCGUACAACUCAUACUGGGCCAAUUAUAUUUUGUGAGAAAUACAGUCAAGAGCAACAACUCAAGGCUUUGAGAGACGAAAAUAGCAAGUUGAGAGAGGAAUUAAAUAAAAUAAAAACCCUGAUACUUGAUCUUGCUAGAAAGGAAAAUGAAAAAGCUGCUGAUGAAGUUGCUCUUGUCGCAGAAAUAGAUGGCAAGUAA